AUGGCUAGCACAAUAACUCACACAGUCUUAGCUGUGCUAUUAUGUGUUUUGGCAGUAGUAGCAAGAACCAACUUGGACAAGCAAUCUAGUGAUUUCAACCUAUCUAAAAUAUUACCCUUGUUCGAUGAAGAUGGUAUAUGUAAUUUAGUGGUGGAGAAACAAGGCUAUGUCUGCCAAGAGCAUAAGGUGAUAACGAAAGAUGGUUAUAUCUUAAGUCUGCAAAGGAUCCCUGAGGGACGGGCUGGCAAGGCAGCCAAUAAGAUACCAGUGCUUCUACAACAUGGGCUUCUGAUGGAUGCAGUUUCAUGGAUGAUAAAUUCACCAGAUGAAUCUCUAGCAUUUAUUUUGGCUGAUAACGGGUUUGAUGUUUGGCUGGCUAACACUCGAGGCACCAAUUAUAGCCGCGGACACACAUCAAUUGACCCAAAUGAUCCGUCUUAUUGGGAUUGGUCUUGGGAUGAAUUGGUUGCCUAUGAUCUGCCAGCUACCGUCCAGUAUGUUCAUGACCAAACAGGGCAGAAACUGCACUAUGUUGGCCAUUCCUUGGGAACAUUGAUUGCUUUUGCCGCAUUUUCUCAAGAGAAGUUAUUGAACUCCAUAAGAUCUGCUGCUCUGCUUAGCCCUAUUGCUUAUUUGGCUCAAAUGUCUUCAUUUCUUGCAAAAACAGCUGCUGAUGCAUUUAUAGCUGAAGACUUAUACUGGUUGGGAAUUAAGGAAUUCGCUCCAAGAGGGGAGGCAGCUGUCAAACUUUUGGAAGAUAUUUGCAAAAAUCCAGAAAACAAUUGCUCCGACUUAAUGACUUCUUUUACAUGCCGGAAUUGUUGUGUGAACUCUUCUAAGACCAAUGAUUUUCUUGAUCACGAACCUCAGUCAACAGCAACGAAGAACAUGAUCCAUCUAGCUCAGAUGAUUAGACAAGGAACUAUAGCCAUGUAUGACUAUGGCAGCGCAGAUGAGAAUAACAAACAUUAUGGACAGCCCACUCCUCCUGUAUAUAAUAUGAGUAGUAUUCCAAAAAAUCUUCCUCUUUUCCUGAGCUAUGGUGGCCAAGAUUAUCUCUCGGAUGUUGAUGAUGUAAAAACUCUUCUAAACGCUCUCAAGGAUCAUGAUGCUGACAAACUUUUUACCCAAUAUAGGGAGGAUUAUGCACAUGCUGACUUUGUUUUUGGUGAGAAUGCUAAGCAAGUUGUGUAUGAUCCACUCAUGGCAUUUUUUAAGCUUCAAUGA